AUGGCCAGCUGGACCCCCCAGUGGGGGACAUGUGUCUGGCUUCAGACUCUGCUGGCAUUUGCCAUGGCCAACUGUCCCUCACUGGCCCCGAACCCAGUCAACUUCUCUGUGGUUUACACCAUGCCCUUCUUUCAAGCUUAUGGCCCUAUCCAGAACAUUGUCAACAACUCAUUGUACCAGGAAGUGUAUGUAGCCUCGCAAAAUGUGAUCGAAGCUGUCAACAGAAGCUUGGAAAAGACAUGGGGGCUCCGCACUGGACCGGUUGGAAGCCCGGAGUGUCAGGUUUGCGAUCUGUGUCAAAUUGAUAAAGACCCCAACUUCCUUGAGGACACAAACAACCAGGUGUUAUUGUUUGAUACCCUCUUCAUGUAUUUGUAUUCCUGUGGAAGUUCCCAGUACGGUGUGUGUUAUUUCCAUCAACUCAAUAGCAACGGAGAGCCGCCGUCUAUUUCCAAGUGUUUGUUCCGUGCUGAUUCAAACUCUGCUGCCUACUGCCCUGACUGUGUCGCCAGUCCUCUUGGUACCAAAGUCACCAUGGUGGAGGAAGGUCAGACGGUUUACUUCUUUGUUGCUGCUUCUGUUAAUGAAAGUGUGACUCAACGCUAUGGAAGAAAAUCUAUAUCAGUGCGUCGACCACUGGCUACAGAAGAUGGCUUCUACAGUGAUGUUCGUGGCUUAACCGUCCUUCCUGGGUUGAGAGGGACUUACCACAUUGAGUACGUCUACAGCUUUUUCACACAGGAGUUUGUGUACUUUGUCUCAGUUCAAAGAGAGAGCCCGGACCAAGAAUCAUCUCCCUUCCAAACUCGCCUUGGCCGUCUUCCACGAAAUGAAUGGGAGAUGAAACGCUAUCGUGAGGUCAUUCUAGAAUGUCGUUUUGAACCUAAGCGACGGAGAAGGAAUGUGGUCAGUGAACCCUACAAGGAUGUGGUAUACAAUGUUGUCCAGGCAGCACAUUUUGGCAAAGCUGGCAGGGAGCUUGCCGAAGAGUUGGGGGCGGAGGAGGAUGAUGACAUACUCUAUGGGGUCUUUGCCGUCAUGGAUGACAAUGGAGUUACGGUGCAUGAUUCAGCUGUCUGCGCCUUUCCCAUGGACAACGUGAAUGAGGCAAUCGCUGAUGGGGUGGACGAUUGCUGUAAAUCUGGACCAGAGCAACUCUCCAGGGGGCUUUGCCAUUUCCAGCAAUGUGAAAGUUGUCCUCACGAGAGCAUGGAGAACAACACGACAUGCAGAGACCAUCCAACCAUGGUUUCCCAGCCCUACUACAGAGUGGACCUCCUCAAUCGACAGAUGACAAACGUUCUUCUUACCUCACUGCUGGUGACCACAAUUGACAACAAGACUGUUGCCCAUAUUGGUACAUCCACAGGUCGACUGUUGCAGCUUGUGCUGACAAGACUGAAUCCGAUUAUCUUCGCUAAUUAUUCUUUGGUGGAGAACCAAAGGAUCUCAUCCAUUGCUGCAGUCUACUCAUCAGAGUAUCUCCUUUUUGUGGUGGGAGACAAGAUGUUUCAAGUGCCUCAGAGAGGACCAGGUUGUCAACACUUCCUGACUUGUGCCAUGUGCCUGACAGCCCCCAAGUUCAUGGGCUGUGGCUGGUGCUCAGGAGUGUGUUCAUGGGAGAGUGAGUGCUCAAGUCAUUGGAGGAAUGAGUCCUGCCCACCACAGAUCACAGGGUUCUUUCCACGGACUGCUCCCCCUGAUGGUCAAACAGAGUUUACGGUGUGUGGACGUGAGUUCCAGUCACCCCAAAGACCUGCCAUUACAUCCAGAACCCACCAGGUUAAACUGGGUCAAACAGCAUGCGCUGUGCUUCCUGUAAAGAGUAACAACACACACCUGGUGUGUAAGAUUCGCUCCGGGGCCACUGACCUGUCAAAACCAGUCAACAUCACAGUGGAAGUGCAUGAGAGUGAGGGAGGCAUGAAGGUGGAGGGACGUUAUGCUAUUGAUGGGAAGGCAGAAAUGCCUGGCUUUACAUUUCUGAUUCCCAACAUCACAGAGAUUCAGCCCAACUAUGGGCCUCUUAUGGGGGGCACAUUAAUCACAGUGACUGGGGCUCACUUGGAUGCCGGACGGACAAGGAAAGUCACACUCAAUGAUGUGCCUUGUCCGAUUACAAGAGUCACUAAGCCUAAAGGCAUUAUGUCCUCAAUCAUCUGUCUGUCCCAGCCAAUCUCAGAGGUGCGGGAUGUACCUCUCAGUGUUUUCAUCGACAAGUCUCCCGUCCUCACAACAAAGGUUUUUUACUACAAAGAAAACCCCAAGAUCACAGCUGUACUGCCCGACUGUAGUUUUGACAGGGGGUCGAAUAUUUUGAUUGAAGGGGAGAAUCUGGAUUCUGUUUAUCGUACCAUCAUCCACUUUAAACCCAAUGAGAGCCACCUGAAGCCUGUGACAAGGGAGUGCAUUGGGAAGGCCUUGUCUACAAGGAUGGAAUGCAUCACUCCUGUAUUUCCAAGGGAUGAGACAGAGGAAGGAGAGCUUUCCUUUGACAUGGACGGAGCAGUGGGACUUUGGAACAAAGAGUUUUCCUAUCACCCUUACGGCAAGCCAAUACCCUUUGAAACAGAAGGACAUGAGCUGCAUUUGUAUCCGGGGUUUGAUGAGGUUUCACUGCAUCAUCAGAAACUAAACCUGGUUAGCUCCUGUAUGACCAUCAUUAUGACGGUGGCAGGUGUUGAUUGUGAUGCUAAGGUCCUGGAUAAUGAGAUCACCUGCAGAAUACCUAAAAAUAUAACCAUCCCAAGUGAGGGACUCCCUGUGAAGAUCUCCAUUAACGGGCAGGUCCACAAUGUGGGCACAGUUAUAAGGGUCAGCAACCACUACAUGGUGGGGAUAGUGCUGGGAAUCCUCGCUGCGCUAGUGGCCGGGGCAGUGCUGGCCUUUGUCGUCAUGAAGCACUUGAGGAAGAAAAAGAAAGCUUCCAUGGUGGAGAGCCGUUUGGCCCACAGUGCUAGGCGUUCUGGAUCAAAUAAUGUAGAAUUGUCACCGGCUGGGGACUACAGAAGAGUAGUGUCCAUGAGUCCUUCAACUCCCACUGCUGGGCCUGUGGCCUUCCCCAGCCUGGCCUAUGCUGCAGGCAGUAUAGACGUUACUCUUACUCCUCUUAUGGCUGCAGAGAAAAUUUCCAUUUCUAGUUUUAGGCCUGAGUUAUUGGAGGAGGUUAAAGAUGUUCUUAUUCCUGCUGAAAUGCUCCUCGUGCAACACCAUCGGAUCAUUGGGAAGGGUCAUUUUGGAACAGUCUAUCAUGGCUACUUCACCGACCAUAGCAGCAGGGAAAUACACUGUGCUGUCAAGUCUUUGAAUAGAAUAACAGAUGUUGAGGAGGUGGAGCAGUUUCUGAAGGAAGGAAUUAUAAUGAAAGGCUUCCAUCACAUCAAUGUGCUGUCUCUUUUGGGCAUCCUCCUACCACAAGAAGGUCUUCCUCUGGUAGUUCUGCCAUACAUGAAACAUGGAGACCUCCGCCACUUUAUACGCUGCGAGAAGAGGAACCCCACUGUGAAGGAUCUUAUUGGCUUUGGACUGCAAGUUGCCAAGGGGAUGGAGUAUUUAGCUCAGAAGAAGUUCGUUCACAGAGAUCUCGCAGCACGUAACUGCAUGCUUGACGAGUCUUAUACAGUCAAGGUGGCAGAUUUCGGCAUGGCCAGAGAUGUCUUUGAUAAGGAAUACUACAGUAUUCAAGACCACAGAAAGGCUAAAUUGCCUGUCAAAUGGAUGGCUAUUGAGAGUCUACGGACACAGAAAUUCACUUCUAAGUCCGAUGUGUGGUCCUUUGGUGUGCUGAUGUGGGAGAUGCUGACUAGAGGGGCAAGCCCUUACCCAGAAGUGGACCCUUAUGACAUAACACACUAUUUAUUCAAAGGCAGGCGGCUCCCCCAGCCUCAGUAUUGCCCUGACCCUUUGUAUAGCAUUAUGCUCGAGUGCUGGGACCCAGAUCCAGAACUGAGGCCUAACUUUGCUACUUUGGUGUCAGCUGUCACCACCAUCCUCUCAAGUCUGGAGGGAGAACACUACAUCAGUCUGAAUGUUACAUAUGUUAACCUGGACCAACCAAGGCCCUACCCGGCACUCACCGAGUCUGCUGAUGAAUGUGACUCCACGGAUGCUGAGAGUGACUCAGGCUCAGUCUCUUCCUGA